AAGUGACGCUGGCUAAGUUUGGCUAACGUUGUUUGCAGCGCUCAGCGCUAGAUGAUGCACAAAUUAGGGGAGUUUCGAUCACACCAGGUCGUGUAAAGACAAUAAACGUAUGAUUGUGGGGUGGUUUCGACUUCACUGCGUUUACGCAGGCAACAAAAAUAUGUUUUCCCAGAUUUUAGAGAACUACUAACGUUAACUAAUUUAACUGUAAUGUUAGCACGUUAACGUUAGCAUUCUGUAGUAAACACUUAGCGUUAAUACGUAACUGUAUCAAGCUGAGUAAAUCCAAGCUUGUUGAAUCUGACGUGAAGUAUCUCAAGGAUGUCGGAUUCCGACAGUGAUGAGGACCAAGAUCGUCCUUUCUCUCUUACUGGUUUCCUCUUUGGAAACAUCAAUGAAGAUGGGCAGCUAGAAGAUGACAGUGUACUGGACAACGAGUCCAAAAAGCAUCUGGCUGGUUUGGGUAACCUUGGUCUCGGCUCACUUAUUACAGAGAUCACUGCUAGUGAGGAUGGCGAUCAAGAAGAAAGCAGAGACUCUGGUAGCGUGGAUGCAGAGGGUUGGGUUAAAAGCACUGAAGAUGCAGUGGAUUAUUCAGACAUUAGUGAAGUUGCUGAAGAUGAGACCAAGAAGUAUCGUCAGGCCAUGGAGUCUAUGCAGCCCUGCAGGAAAACUGAUGAUGAGGAUGAUUAUGAUGCAGACUGUGAGGAUAUUGAUUCUAAGCUUAUGCCUCCACCACCACCACCAAGUCUUCUUACAUCUGUUAAGAAAGAGGAACCUCCUUCUCAGGGCACAAAUGCUGCAGAAGAUGGUGACGGCAUCAUUCUCCCCUCUAUCAUUGCACCAUCUUCUACUGGUGAUAAGGUGGACUUUAGCAGUUCUUCAGACUCCGAGUCAGAAACGGACCGUCCGUGCCAGGGACCAGGUUCUGGCAGCCCACCAGACAGGCUCAACCUCCCACUUGCUGGUAUCAUGCAGAAAGAUGCUGCCAAAGCACUGCCGGGUGUCACACAACUCUUCCCAGAGUUUAGGCCUGGAAGGGUGCUUAGGUUCUUACGACUAUUUGGUCCUGGAAAGAACAUGCCAUCAGUUUGGAGGAGUGCUCGCAGGAAGAAAAAGCGAAAGCAUCGGGAACCUCAGCCGGGAACACCACCUCCAGAAGGGGAACCCACAGAACAAAACCCAGAGAAGAAGUCCGGCUGGAUUUAUGAGUAUGCUCCCCCUCCACCCCCAGAGCAGUGUCUCUCUGAUGAUGAGAUAACCAUGAUGGCUCCGGUUGAGUCAAAGUUCUCCCAAACCUGUGGUGAUGGAGACAAGGAGACAGAGUCUCGACCCAAAGUAGCAGAAUGGAGAUAUGGUCCAGCCCAGCUAUGGUACGACAUGCUUGGUGUUCCUGAGGAUGGGAGCCAUUUUAACUACGGAUUCAAGCUAAAAGAAGAUCACUCUAGUGAGACUCAGAAGCAGGAAACACCUAAAGAAAUGACAGAGACUCCUCAAGAGUUACAACAACAGGACAGCAUUGAAGAUGGUGAUGACGUUGAUAAUGGUGAUAAUGAUGGACGUAAAGACCCAGCAACUCUGGAGAAUGAGCUCUUCCUGAUGGUGACUCAGCUGCAGUGGGAGGAUGAUAUUAUCUGGAAUGGGGAGGAUGUAAAACAUAAAGGCACCAAGACUCAGCGGGCCAGCCUGGCAGGGUGGUUGCCCUCUAGCAUGACCCGCAACGCCAAUGCCUACAACGCGCAGCAGGGUCUGACAAGAAGUAAUUCCCAGUUGGUGCCACCUACACCUCCACCCAUGACAAAAACCUCUUCAAUCACUGGCUCUAAGCGAGAAAAAAACAACCAUGAUAAUCACUCCUCUCAGGAAGACGACUGUCUCUGGUUCUCGAUUUUCCCCAUUGACAAUGAAGAGUUAGUAUAUGGACGCUGGGAGGACAGCAUCAUCUGGGAUGACCAGGAGAUGGAUCACAUCCUCAUGCCUCCAGUUCUAACACUGGAUCCCAAUGAUGAGAAUAUUAUUCUAGAAAUUCCUGAUGAAAAGGAGGAAACAACGUCCCACUCGCCAUCAAAGGAGAAUAAGAAAGAAACUGCAAUCAAAAAGAGCCGCAUCCUGCUGGGAAAGACUGGAGUGAUAAAAGAUGAGCCACAGCAGAACAUGUCCCAGCCAGAAGUGAAAGAUCCGUGGAACCUCUCCAAUGAUGAGUUCUACUAUCCCAAGCAGCAGGGCCUGAGAGGUACCUUCGGUGGAAACAUCAUUCAGCACUCCAUCCCAGCUCUGGAGCUCAGGCAGCCCUUCUUCCCCACUCACAUGGGACCAAUGAAGCUACGGCAGUUCCACAGACUGGCUUUGAAGAAGUAUUCAUUUGGAGCAUUGGCUCAGCCCGGUCCUCAUGCUGUCCAGCCCCUGCUGAAGCAUAUUAAGAAAAAAGCAAAGAUGCGAGAGCAGGAGCGUCAGGCAGCAGGAGGUGGAGACAUGUUCUUCAUGCGAACCCCACAGGACUUGACAGGAAAAGAUGGAGAUCUCAUCCUGGCAGAAUACAGUGAAGAAUACCCUCCUCUCAUAAUGCAAGUCGGCAUGGCAACAAAGAUCAAGAACUACUACAAAAGGAAACCUGGGAAGGAUCCUGGGGCACCUGACUGUAAAUAUGGAGAGACCGUGUACUGCCACACGUCCCCUUUUCUGGGUUCAUUGCAUCCUGGGCAGCUGCUGCAGGCAUUUGAAAACAACCUUUUCCGGGCUCCAAUCUACCUGCACAAGAUGCCAGAGACUGACUUCUUGGUUAUACGAACACGACAUGGCUACUACGUCAGAGAGAUUGUGGAUAUUUUUGUUGUUGGCCAGGAGUGCCCCCUGUAUGAGGUUCCUGGGCCCAACUCCAAGCGAGCCAAUACCCACAUCAGAGAUUUCCUUCAGGUGUUCAUUUACCGCUUGUUCUGGAAGAGCAAAGAUCGUCCCCGGAGAAUCCGCAUGGAGGAUAUAAAAAAAGCUUUCCCCUCUCACUCAGAGAGCAGCAUCAGGAAACGACUAAAGCUCUGUGCUGACUUCAAGCGUACAGGAAUGGACUCUAACUGGUGGGUGUUGAAGCCUGACUUCAGGUUGCCUACAGAAGAGGAAAUCAGAGCUGUGGUGGCUCCAGAGCAGUGUUGUGCUUACUAUAGCAUGCUAGUGGCAGAGCAGCGGCUUAAGGAUGCUGGAUAUGGCGAGAAGUCUUUCUUUGCUCCAGAGGAGGAGAACGAGGAGGACUUUCAAAUGAAGAUUGAUGAUGAGGUGCGGACAGCUCCUUGGAACACAACAAGAGCCUUCAUUUCUGCCAUGAAGGGGAAAUGUCUGUUGGAAGUUACAGGUGUGGCUGAUCCUACAGGAUGUGGAGAGGGUUUCUCCUACGUCAAAGUACCCAACAAGCCUACACAGCAGAAGGAUGACAAGGAGCCACAGCCACAAAAGAAAACAGUGACGGGCACUGAUGCUGAUUUAAGGAGGCUCUCGCUCAAGAAUGCCAAGCAGCUGCUGCGCAAGUUUGGUGUUCCUGAGGAAGAAAUCAAGAAGCUUUCACGGUGGGAGGUUAUUGACGUGGUGAGAACCAUGUCCACAGAGCAGGCACGUUCAGGUGAGGGACCCAUGAGCAAGUUUGCCAGAGGCUCUCGUUUCUCAGUCGCUGAACACCAGGAACGCUACAAGGAAGAGUGUCAGAGGAUCUUUGACCUUCAGAACAAGGUGUUAGAAUCGACAGAGGUGCUCUCCACGGACACAGACAGCAGCUCGGCUGAGGACAGUGACUUUGAGGAGAUGGGAAAGAACAUUGAGAACAUGCUGCAGAACAAAAAGACCAGCUCCCAGCUCUCCCGUGAGAGGGAGGAACAGGAGAGGAAAGAGCUGCAGAGGAUGCUGAUGGGGGAGGAGAGCGACCGCGACAACAAAGGGCGCAAGGAUCGACGCAAAGGCUUUUCCAGCUCUUUGUCCACCAGCUCCCACAAGGAUGAUGACGCAUCCUCUGUCACCAGUUUAAACUCUUCAGCCACAGGCAGGCGACUUAAAAUCUAUCGGACCUUCAGGGAUGAGGAUGGCAAGGAAUAUGUCCGUUGUGAAACCGUACGCAAGGCUGCAGUUAUUGACGCCUACACAAGAAUCAGAACCACCAAGGAUGAGGAGUUUAUACGAAAGUUUGCGCUCUUCGAUGAGCAGCACAGAGAAGAGAUGAGGAAAGAGCGUAGACGGAUUCAGGAGCAGCUGAGGAGGCUGAAGAGAAAUCAAGAGAAAGACAAGAUCAAGGGUCCACCGGAGAAGAAGGCCAAGAAGGUCAAAGAGAGGCCAGACCUCAAGGUAAAACUAAAGUGCGGCGCAUGUGGGGCCAUUGGACACAUGAGGACCAACAAGUUCUGCCCACUGUACUAUCAGACCAACGCUCCACCUUCUAACCCAGUAGCUAUGACAGAGGAACAGGAGGAGGAGCUGGAAAAGACUGUCAUCCAUAACGACAAUGAGGAAUUGAUCAAGGUGGAGGGUACUAAGAUUGUGCUGGGCAAACAACUCAUCGAGAGUGCUGAUGAGGUGCGCAGGAAGUCUUUAGUGCUCAAGUUCCCUAAGCAACAGCUCCCACAAAAGAAGAAGAGACGUGUAGGCAGUGCUGUCCACUGCGACUAUCUCAAUAAACCCCACAAGGCCAUCCACCGCAGACGCACUGACCCCAUGGUGACCUUGUCUUCUGUGCUCGAGAGCAUCAUCAAUGACAUGCGGGAUCAUCCCAAUACAUACCCAUUCCACACUCCAGUCAAUGCCAAGGUUGUGAAAGACUACUAUAAGAUCAUUACUCGGCCCAUGGACCUGCAGACGCUGAGGGAGAACGUCCGCAAGCGAAUGUAUCCAUCGAGGGAGGAGUUCCGUGAAGCCGUGGAGCUUAUUGUCAAAAACAGUGCCACCUACAAUGGGGCAAAGCAUCCAAUAACACAAGUAGCACAGUCCAUGCUGGACCUGUGUGACACUAAACUGAAAGAGAAGGAGGACAGACUGGUGAGGCUGGAGAAAGCCAUCAACCCUCUCCUGGAUGAUGACGAUCAGGUGGCCUUCUCAUUCAUCCUGGACAACAUUGUGACCCAGAAAAUGAUGGUGGUUCCUGAUUCAUGGCCAUUCCAUCAUCCUGUCAACAAAAAGUUUGUUCCUGAUUACUAUAAGGUGAUUGUAAACCCCAUGGACCUGGAGAACAUCCGCAAGUACAUCUCAAAACAUAAAUACCAGAACCGCGAUGCAUUUCUUUCAGAUGUCAGUCUCAUCCACGCCAACAGUAUCAAGUAUAACGGGUCUGACAGUCCGUACACCAAGACAGCCCUAGACAUCGUCAAUGUGUGUAAACAGACCUUGGCAGAGUAUGAUGAGCACUUAACUCAGCUAGAGAAGGACAUCUCGACCGCCAAGGAGGCAGCUCUAGAUGCAGCAGACUUGGAGAGUCUGGACCCAAUGACUCCAGGGCCAUACACACCACAGCCUGCUGAUCUGUUUGACAGUGGGGCUUCAGGGAAUCUGCCCAGAGAGCCCAGCAGCCUUUUCUCUGAGGGACCUCUAGUGGUUGCUCCAGAGAAGAGAGGGGGGCAGGGACGCCACAUGAGGAGACCCGGGGAAGAAGAAUCAGACGUGGACAUUGAAGGCUUUGAGGAGGAUGAUGAUGGAAAACCCAAGACUCCUGCUCCUGCAGAGGACGCCGAGGGAGAUCUGGAGGAUGAAGAUGACGAUGAAGACAUGUUACUGCCACCUCACCGACGGGUCCGUGACCAGGAGGAAGACGAUGAUGAGGAUGACGAGGACGGUGAGGACAGACGAUCCAACAGACCUGCUCAAGCCAGCGUGCUGUACCAGGAUCUGCUCAUGUCUGACGGAGAGGAUGAUGCCAGCGAAGAGGAGGGUGACAACCCCUUCUCCUCCAUCCAGCUGUCAGAGAGUGGCAGUGACUCUGACAGAGACUUGGACGUGCGACCUCCUCCACCACGGAGAACUCAUGAAACGGCCCGCAUGGGUAUGGACCAGGACGAGAGCAUGAUGUCAUACGAAGAGAACGGACCCGAUGAGCCUCAUAUGGAAGACAGCAAUGUCAGUUAUGGCAGCUAUGAGGAGACGGAGAGCAGAAGUCAGUUGCAGAACUCCAGCAUAGGGAAUGGAGAGGAAUAUGGCAUCAGCGAGGAGGAGGAGGAAGAUGAAGAAGAUGAAGCACGUAGGAGAGGCCCAGCCGUGCUCUCCCAGGUCCAACUUAGUGAGGACGAGGAGAGCGAAGACUUCCGAUCUAUCGGAGGAGACAGUGACAUGGACUCCGACAACUAGUUUAUGCACAGUAUCAAAAGAUAUUGUUUGUACUACCCGAUUGGAAAUGGAGUUUUUUUCAAGUAAAUCUGUGGUUGUACAUGAUUUUGUACAUUAUGUCUAAUGUUAAUAUCUUACUCCUGUACUGUUGGCUCAGAACAGUGCACACUGUAAAUUUUAAUUUGCCUUUUAUAUGUUGAAUGAACAUUUGUACUAUGUGCUUUAAUUGGUAGUAUGUUCCAAUUUUAAAUCAUUGUGACAUUCAGCUUAAAUAAUAUUUUUUCUUUACUGUCUUUCCUUUGGUUUUAGUCAGCAGAAAACAUUUGAAACAAAACUCAAUAAAAUAUAUAAACAAUG